CCUCGCCCUACCGAACCCUCGCCCUACCGCCACUGUCCCUGCCGAAGUGCUCCCCUUCGCCUCCCCUCUCCCGGUUUCGCCCAAAAGCCUCCUCGUUUUCCCUCUCUUUGCUAGAUUUUCCAGCGGUUCUUCUUCGUCUCUCUUCUGCCAACCCAAAAAUGGUGAAGAGGAGCAAAAAGAGCAAAAGUAAGAGAAUCUCUCUUAAGAAGAAGUACAAGGUUAUUCGAAAGGUCAAGGAGCAUCACAAGAAGAAGGCAAAGGAAGCGAAAAAGCUCGGAUUGAAUCGUAAGCGUAAGGUUGAGAAGGAUCCGGGCAUCCCUAAUGAUUGGCCGUUCAAGGAACAGGAACUCAGGGCACUUGAAGAGCGCAGGGCCCGUGCGCUGGAGGAAUUGGAGCAGAAGAAGGCAGCCAGAAAAGAGAGGGCUAUGAAAAAAAAACUGGGCUUACUCGGGGGUGAUAUAGAGAAUUUGGCUUCUGAAGCUUCUGCCAAAGAUGAUGAAUUUUCUAAUAGAACAAUUGGGGAAGAAGUUCUUGCAGCAACUAAAAACUACGAUCAUUCAGAGAGAACAUUCUAUAAGGAACUUGUCAAAGUUAUAGAAGCAUCAGAUGUAAUUUUGGAGGUGCUUGAUGCUCGAGAUCCCCUUGGUACUCGUUGUAUUGACAUUGAAAAUAUGAUAUUGAAGUCUGACCCAAAUAAGCGUAUUGUUUUGCUUCUGAACAAGAUAGAUUUGGUUCCUCGGGAGGCUGCACAGAAAUGGCUCAAGUAUCUUCGGGGGGAGUUACCUGCUGUGGCAUUUAAGUGCAGUACUCAAGAGCAAAGGUCAAAUUUAGGGUGGAAGUCCAAAUCAAAGGUUACAAACACAAGCAACAUUUUGAAAACUAGUGAUUGCCUUGGAGCUGAAACUCUCAUAAAGCUGCUAAAGAACUAUUCUAGAAGUCGUGAGAUUAAAUUGUCAAUUACUGUGGGUAUCGUUGGACUUCCAAAUGUUGGAAAGAGUAGUGUCAUUAAUAGCUUGAAGAGAUCUCAUGUUGUUAACGUUGGUGCUACUCCGGGGCUUACGAGAUCAAUGCAAGAAAUCCAUUUAGAUAAGAAUGUGAAGCUGCUCGACUGCCCCGGUGUUGUAAUGCUGAAGUCUGGUGAAAAUGAUGCAUCUAUUGUACUUCGCAACUGUAAAAGAAUUGAAAAGCUGGACGAUCCAGUUAGUCCUGUUAAAGAGAUACUCAAGCUUUGUCCAGCUGAGAGACUGAUGUCUCUUUACAAGAUAUCUAGCUUCAGUUCAACCGACGACUUCUUGCAGAAAGUUGCUACCAUUAGAGGUAAGCUAAAAAAGGGAGGUAUAGUGGACCCCGAAGCUGCAGCAAAGAUUGUGCUGCAUGACUGGAAUGAGGGAAAAAUCCCAUAUUACACCCUACCACCAAUUAGGGACCAAGGAGGGAUCUCAGAUUCAGCAAUUGUGUCAGAAUUAGGGAAGGAGUUCAAUGUUGAUGAGGUUUACGGUAAUGAGUCUUCUUACAUUGGUAGCUUGGCAUCUACUGAAGAUCUUCUUCAUGUUGAAGUCCCUCCAGGCGCUCCUUUGCAGUUUGAUGAACAGAUGGCAGAUGAAGAUGUGGAGGAUCAUAAAGCAGAUCAAAUUGGAGAAGAACCAAUGGCUGACAAUGUUGAAGAAGAGCCUUUGGAUACUAAUGCCAACACAACAAGAGGGCAAAAUGACAAACUUUAUGCCGCCGAGGGCAUCCUCGAUCCCCACAAAAGAAGAGCAGAGAAGAAGAGGAGGAAGGCACACAAGACGAGCGGUGCGAAUGAUAUGGAUGCUGAUUAUGACUUCAAGGUAGACUAUCGGAUGAAGGAUGUUGAUUCUGAUCUCAAUAACUCCAUGGAGGAGGAGGACAAGGAAGAUGAAGUUGCAGAUUAUGUUCCAAUGCCUGGAGAUGAAGAGGAUUAAUGAAUUGCAAUAUUUAGAAUUUUAUUUUAUUUUAUAUAUUUAAUUUUUUUCUGUUCCAGAUUAUUAAAUUUUGGUUCAGUGAGAUGGCAGCAUAGGAGAGGAAAUCGUGUUGAUGAGAAGUUUAUUUAUUUAUGAUCAGUAAGAUGAUUUGUUUCUUAAAAACCCAUAGUCUGUAUGAGAAAUUUGUAUGGUGGCUGUUUUUUUA